AUGGGGGCAUCACUAGACGAUAGCACCGUAUACAACCACUCGUCAUUAUACUAUAAUGAUAUGUUCAACGAGUGGCUCGCCGUCCUCCUCUUCACGCUCACCCGCGCCUUCCCCGACAUCGCGGCCCGCGCCUGGGACUCCGACGGGGAGUUCCUCCUCAUCGAGGCCGCCUUCACGCUCCCGCGGUGGCUCGACCCGGAAUCCGCCCCCAAUCGCGUCUUCAUCUUCCGCGGAGAGCUCCACAUCCUGCCGCCCUCCCUCUUCCCCGAGACGCCGUCGCUGGAAGCCGCGCUCGCCGCCGUCUACGACGACUCCAUCGAUACCCGCGCCGCCGACGCCAUCCAGGCGGCCAUACAGCGCCGCAUCGCUGGGCUGCCCGAGAAGGCGGCGGAGAACCUACACACGGCACGCGUUAUCGUCCCGGCGCCCGUCGCAAAGGUGCUCAAGGAGGAGCCAUGCCUGAUCGCGCGUGCCGUCGAGGGUUUCUACGACCGGGACAUAGACACCAUGAAGCAUGCGGCGAGGAUGGAAAAAUUCCUCAAGGGGCCUGGUGGCGAGGGGGUUGAGAUGGUGAUAAUCACGGUACGCAUGACGCGGGCAAUGUACGCACAGCUUGCGCAGCAGAACUUUCAGGCUCCCAGGGGGUACCCGAUGCCUAGGAGGGAGGAGGGGCCAGAGAAAUGGAUGGAGGCAGAGCUGGGGAUGAAGAUUGCCUGCGGAUUUGAGAUGAUGUACCAGGAGAGAAGACGCCAGGGUGAGGAAGAUGAUUCUGAUGAAGACAAUGAUUUUGCUGAAGAAUUAGGUGACAAGGAUGUGGAUGAUUCUUUUAUGGAGUCAUAUUCAGAUGCUUUAAAUAAAGAGCUAAGCAGUACCACUCUUGAGAAAAGCUUUGCUCGUGCACCACGACCGGAAACUAACAAUGAGGGUCCAUCAGAUGAUGCAGCUACUGAUGCAGAGAUGACUCCAGUUGAUGUAGAUCUGAACCUUGUCGAAAGCAUUCUUAACUCCUACUCUUCGCAACAAGGUCUUCCCGGUCCGGCUUCCAAUCUGCUAGGACUCAUGGGCGUAAAGGUCCCUCCAGAUGCUAAAAAGUCGUGA